GAAAUUCCUUCAAUUUUUGCUAUCCUUCAAUUCAAUCUUUCUUUUCUUCCUCAACACAGCAGGCUGUGUCUCUUCACUUCGGUCACUUAUCUGUAUUAUUAUUGAUCUCCAAAAAAAUCUUCUCGACAUCAACAAUACCUUACUUUAUCCUAUAACAAACUGUUGUCAAUUAAAAUCCACACAUCAUCAUGUACACUCCAUCUAUAAUCAUUGGCUUCCUUACCCUUAGCCCACUUGUGGUGGCUCACGGAAAAAUCGCAGUUGUAACUGGGAAUCUCGGUGGAAACGGUACUGCUCUAGGAAUCAAAGGAGCUGUUGUCGCAGAUACUGGGUCAAAUUCCAAGACAGAGCUCGAUACUACGGUAUUCGACAUUGGUAGUAACAAUUGCGGACAAACAGAGGCUGCAGGGAGAAACAAAGCAGAGUCCGGUGUGACUAAGUCAAUGGCUCUUUCGGGUAGCACACUUCCACAGAUAAGUACCGAUAAUGCAUCUAUCUCGGGUACUUUCCAUAUUGUGACUUCCGACGGUGCAGGUCCUCUUACAGCGAUGGUUGACACUACCGGAAAAGGUGAUUUUUCAAAUGCAGUCAAGGCCGUGGUGACUACCCAAAUACCAGGAAAAAAGGGUAACAUAAGGAAAAGUAAACAAACAAGAUGGGAGCGAGCUAUGAGAAGCAUUGGUUUGAUGAAAAGAGCCUCUAACAUCAACGAAGACUAUCCAUUCAGUGUAGAUAUUCCGGCCGGUACAACUUGUACUGGUACUGUAGCAGGUCAAUCCAAUGUCUGUAUGGUCAAGGUUGUGAACCCAUCGAAUGCAGGACCAUUCGGAGGAUGCGUCGCUGUUCAGCAAUCUACGGGCACAAACGCAACGGCUUCUGUCAGGAGAAAUCUCAAGCCCAUGAAACUUUCAGUUUGAAAGUAAGUGGUGUUUUGUGGCAAGUAUUCAGCCUCGGGGAAACAGAAUCUUCGAAAAUAAGGAACCGGUAGUGGAGGCUCUACCCCGGAUUAGUCAGGUGGAGCUAAACUUUGGGGGCUAAAGCGGGGAACGAUUCCGUAGGGCUGUACAAGUCAGAUAAGGUUAUCUUGUGUGUAUAUGAAUCGAUGUGUCA